GUGUAAUAUAUAUAUAUAUGCCCCUUGGGCCUUCAAUAGAGAUAAGUUGCUUUCUUAACAUGGUAUUAGAGCCUAGGUUUAGGUCCCCUCCGGCGCCGCAACUCGCCGCACGAUCGAUUUUUUUCGGUCUUCUUUUGAUAGAUCUUUGUCGAUGGUCAACGCCUCCACGUCUCCAGAACGGGCCGGGCGGCUGCCUCUCCGUCCGCCUCAUCCGGCUCUCACCACCUGCUCACGUGCAUCAGAUCGGCUGCUGCUCCUUGACGUGCUGCCUGUAUCCGGCUACUACUGGACACACAUGUCCACGUACUGCAUCGACUUGGUUGAUCUCUGCCGGCCGCUGCUCCUGACGCGCAGUUUCAUCCCCACCUGCCGGAUUCGUCACUGGCCUCCACCUCGUCUCUGCCCGCCAAACCCGGCAGCGAGCAUCGACUCGGCUCUCCAGAUCGAAGCCGAUAUGGCGGCACUGUUCCAGAUCAUGGACAAUGGCUGCCUUCUACCUUCUUCCCGCAUGCUUGUCCGCUGCUGCUUCUUGCAUGUGCUGUUGUCCUCUUUGCUAUCUUGCUGUGUGGUGCUGCGUUCGAUUAGCUGCUGCCUUUCUACGUGGCCGGCUGCGUGCUAGCUUCUGCUCCGUUCACAUCUUGAUUUGAACAACAAUAAAAAAAAGUAUAAUGUCUUCCGCAUACACAAUGAGUUUUGCAUCUUUGUGUCGUGUAUGCUUCCUAGCUUUUAGCUUUCUUAUUUUCCGUUGCAUCCACCAAAUCCGUUGAUAUUUUGUGUUUUCUCAUGACAUGCGAGUCCACCAUACCUUAGACCGUCAGCCUUUCUCCGGUCUUGAUCCUUCUUUUGUGGCCUAUUUGCCCUUGUUGUUUUCUAUAGAAUUUUCUGGACUCUUUUUGCAUUGUCAAUCUACGUCCAUCGUGCCUUAACCGCCGAGCUUCUUUCGCCGUCGGUUGUCGUGGACUACGAUUUUAUGCCCAGUGCU